CUCUCUCUAUCUGGAAUUGCGCGUUUUCCAGGUUUUUCCGUCAUGUCAUCGGGUAUGAGACCCGUCUAGUCGCAACCUUGUCAAAUACAACACAGCAGUAGAUCACCUCCUGAUACGGGACGUUUUCUAGUCCUGCCGGAAGAUUUAACACAUUGUUACCUGGAUAAUAAGGACAACAAAGCGAGGAUAGUUUUAUGAAUGACAGACGCGAUAACUUGGUCGAGUGGUCUACUAUUUAUAUAUAAUACAAAUAGCUAAACAGGUGAACGGAACAUUCUAGAGAAGUUAAUUUGUGUCACAUCGUUCUGAUCCGACCGCCUUUCUCCUAUCUACUCGCAUAAGUUUUUGGCAUAUUGAAUAAUUGAUUUACUUCUAAUCGUACUCGAAAAACGUGUAUAAUUAGGUUGACUUAAGACUUCACGGAGGUUAUGACAACUUUUAUUAGAUGGAUACGUGCGCUAUAAUACCAAAUUAAUUUCCCACUUUUAAUCAGUGCUCUACCAAAGGCAUGUAUAGCUAGACCUGGGUUUCGCGGAUGUUAUGGCGAUGCUUAUAGCAAUGUAAUCCAUAUCUUAGCCAACAUUCGCCUUCCCGGUUACGUGGGUCUAGAAUAGAGCGUCGCAUUAUUGCACGAUGGUCUCGAUGCACCCUCGAGGCUCCUGGAUGUGCAGCAGUGUAGUCUUUCUUUUAUUCAUCGUCACAACCUUAGCCUCGGACGCUUGUCGAACUAUCCAGUGGCGACACUCCGCUGACCAGAAAGCACUCCAGGGUCACGUGAUCGCUAACAUGACCGUAGCAAACAAAAGUGCGUGCGAGGUCGCGUGUUUCGUUGAGCCGAAGUGCGUGUCGUAUAACUUCCACCACGAGACUCUCACGUGCCAGUUGAGUGACACGAGCAAUCAAACUAACUCUGACGCCCUGAAGGAUGCUACUGGAUGGAUAUACCGGGCUAUCGAGGAUACCUGUGUUGGCAAUUCAUGCCCACUGUGGACCUUUUGUCACGUGGGAUAUGGAGGCAUCACUGAACAUCGAUGCGCGAUUUGCUCCCAGAGAAACUUUGUUGCCCAUUUCUCAAGUAGCCUCCAUUUGAGUGCGCUGAAGUACCACACAGUGAAUCUCACCGAUGCCAUUACAGCCGCCGCUUGGAUCAAAACUAUGCCUAGCGAUAAAAGCAGGCUUCAGACCAUUUUCCAUCUUUCAACCGCUAAUGGGCACUCUGAUGGCUUCGUGGUGGGGUUUACUUCCGGUGUCACGACUGCGAUGAAUGGCAAAUGGAGUAACCUUGUAUCCGUGGACUUGCGCGAUGGGCGAUGGCACCACGUGGCUGUCACGUGGACAAUAGCAGCAGGCAACUACAAGCUCUACGUAGACGGAGCCAUUUCGGACGAGGGUAUCUAUUCCGGCCAACCACUCAUGGACGCGUACUUGAUGGUCGGGCAAGAACAGGAUAGCUACGGUGGGGGCUUUGAUUCGACUCAAGCCUUUCUUGGAAGCACUGUCGGCGCGAAUAUCUGGUCACGUGUGCUGAGCGAGAGCGAGAUAGCCCUCCUCGCCUCGUCCUGGUGCGUCUUGCUGGAGGGGGAUGCUGUGAAAUGGGUGGAUUUGUACCCGACUGACGAGGCGAGCCAGGGAGAUAUUAAGAUAGAAUGCCCGAGAAAAUGCGAAUAAUGCUUGGGGGGAACUGACUCCUUCUUGGUCCUUUGAUUUUAUUCUUAGGAUCGUUCUAUCCUAUUGCACCUUGCAAUUUUUUGCAUUUUUUGCCAUGUAGCCAGGGGGGUUUAGGGGGUCCGGACGAGAAAAUCUUUUUAUAGUUAUCUUUAUUAUUAUCGCUAUAAGUUAAAAAGCACCAUAUUAUUAACAUUUUUUUUAAAUGUAUAAAAAAAUACA